AGAGAGAGAGACUCCGAGAUUUAACUCAAACACACGCAGCACCUGCCCACACUUGAAUAGAAACUUCUCUUCAUUGUGCAAAGUUUUCGUUCUGCACCAGGAAUUUGAACUCAUUUUCCAUUGCAUGUCAUUUUAACCGCACACACAAUUUUAUUUCUUGGCAAACUGUUUGCACGUCAUUUGGAAAACUAACUUUUCUUUGGAGCUGCAGUUUGGGACUUUUUUCCCCCCUUGUUAUCCAACAAGAAUUUGUUAAUGUGUUUUUUUCAUGUGGCAUAACGCAAGUCUUGGACGGUGAACGUAAUAACAUUUCUACCUGUCGUUGUGCUUACUAUCCCCGUGUCAACAAAGGUACGCAACGAGCAUUGGAAAGGAAUGUAAAACUGGGUUACCUGCCGGGUUUGGUCCGAAAGCUUCAAGAACAAGCGACGGUUUUCAGUUUAUUUCGGUAUAACAAGAAAAAAAAAUCUGAGGCCUUGACUGGUUUGUUAGUCCUGUUACUAUGGCGACGGCCAUACCUGUCUUCCUGCUGGCACUGUGCUUCUGCGGUAUCCGUGGCAACCGGCAGUCUGCUCCCAGAGUGCACCUCUCCUACAAAGAGCUGAUGGAGACUCGCACGGCACGGCCGUUCAGCUUCUCCUUCAACACCAGUGAUUACCGCAUCCUCCUUGUAGACCAGGACCAGGAUCGCAUCUACCUGGGCAGCCGCGAGUAUGUGGUGGCAUUGGACAUGCAGAACAUCAACAAGGAGCCCCUCAUCAUCCAUUGGCCAGCUACAGAGGAGCGACUGGAGGAGUGCAGAAUGGCAGGCAAGGGUGAGCAGGGGGAGUGUGCAAACUAUGUCCGUCUGAUUGCACCCUGGAACCGCACUCACCUGUACACCUGUGGGACAGGAGCUUACAGCCCUGUCUGCAGCUUCAUCAACCGAGGCUGGAGGUCCGAGGAGUAUUUGUUCCGCCUGGUUCCUGGGAAGGAGCCUGGAAAGGGGAAAUGUCCGUACGACCCCCGACAAGAAACUGUGGCCGCCCUCAUCAAUGGUAAUCUCUAUGCAGGUGUCCAGGUUGAUUUUAUGGGGAUGGACAACGCAAUCUUCAGGACUCUGGGCAGAAGGCCGGCGGUCAGAACAGAGCAGUACGAUUCCCGCUGGCUCAAUGAGCCCGUGUUUAUCAAGAUCCACAUGACUCCGGACAGCUCCGAGAAGAACGACGACAAGCUCUACUUCUUCUUCAGGGAGAAAUCUCUGGAAUCGGGGAGCAGCCCCAGUGUGCUGUCCAGAGUGGGGAGAGUCUGUCUGAAUGAUGACGGGGGUCAGCGCUCGCUGGUCAACAAGUGGACCACCUUCCUGAAGGCCAGGCUGGUGUGCUCCGUGGUGGGGGGAGACGGAGUGGAGACCUACUUUGACGAGCUCAGAGACGUGUUCAUUCAGCCGACGCAGGAUGAACGCAAUCCCAUGGUGUACGCUGUCUUCUCAACCUCGGGAUCUGUGUUCACUGGCUCAGCAGUGUGUGUCUAUUCCAUGGCUGACAUCCGGAAUGUCUUUAACGGGCCCUUCUCGCACAAGCAGGGCCACAACUACCAGUGGGCCCCCUACACGGGCAAGAUCCCAUACCCUCGCCCUGGCACUUGUCCAGGAGGCACGUUCACUCCGGGAGUCCGCACCACAAAGGAUUUCUCAGACGAGGUUGUGAACUUCGUCCGUGCGCACCCCCUCAUGUACACCCCUGUGUAUCCAGUAAACAGACGCCCCCUGGUGGUGCGAACUGGCGUGGACUACCGCUUCACCACCAUCGCUGUGGACCUGGUGGACGCUGUGGACGGACGCUACGAGGUCCUCUUUCUAGGGACAGACCGUGGUACAGUCCAGAAGUUGAUAGUCCUGCCUAAAGACCCUAGUACCACGGAAGAGCUCACUCUGGAAGAGGUGGAGGUGUUCAAGACCUCAUUUCCAGUGAAGACCUUGAAGAUAUCAUCCAAAAGGCAACAGCUUUACGUCUCCUCGGAUGGGGGCCUUACUCAGAUGUCUCUUCACCGCUGUGGCGUCUAUGGGAAAGCCUGCUCUGAUUGCUGUCUUGCCAGAGACCCCUACUGCGCCUGGGAUGGGGAGGACUGUGCUGCUUUCCCCCCCGCUGCCAAGAGGAGGAGCCGUCGACAGGAUAUCAAGCAUGGAGACCCACUGCGGCAGUGCAGAGGCUUCAAUGCCAAAGUUGAGAAGCGUUUGAGGGAGACCACCCAGUUUGGUGUGGAGGGAAGCAGCACAUUUUUGGAGUGCCAGCCCAGAUCGCCCCAGGCUUCGAUCAAGUGGCUCUUUCAGAAAGAUGGUACCAGCCGGAGAAAGGUGCUGAUCCGAGAGAAGGAGGUGCUGAAGACAGGCCAUGGGAUUCUCCUCAGAUCCAUCCUCAAGUCCGACAGCGGACUCUACCACUGCGUUGCCACUGAGAACAACUUCAAACACACCGUGGCCCGCGUCGCCCUUCGAGUCCUAGACCGAGAGAUCGUGGACGCCCUCACGACCUCUGACCUCUCCCCUCCACAGACACCGUCCCUCAACCCACCUCACCUGAUAGGCCAGCCGGAGAUCCGCCUCAUAAACCAGUACUGUGAGACAUACUGGGAUCAGCUUAACCCGGCACUCAGACCAAGACGCACCAGCAGGCACGAUACCAAGGGGGGCGGGGAAGUGACAGGAGAGUGAAGCCCACCACACUGUCCUUAGGUCUGUUUGUCACUUUACAAGCUCAGUUUUGAGGAUUUUGAACCGGGCUGUUUGAAUUCUGCAGCGUGUCACUACGGUGCAUUACAGGGAUGAAAAUAUAAGUGU